AUGUUGUCUAAUAUUUGUGUACUUGUUUCCAGCAAAAUAUGGAACUUCUUUCUCCUCCUUACAAUUCUUGGGAACAUGUGCAUGGAUCCAAGGCUGCGAACAUCUAUAUCUCAAGUAGAUGCUGCUAGUACCACAGAUGAGUGUCAAGUGACUCCUGUUAUACAUGUCUUACAAUAUCCUGGCUGUGUUCCAAAACCUAUACCAAGUUUUGCUUGCAUUGGAAGAUGUGCUUCCUAUAUUCAAGUAUCUGGAAGCAAGAUCUGGCAGAUGGAAAGGUCUUGCAUGUGUUGCCAAGAAUCAGGUGAAAGAGAAGCUUCAGUAUCAUUGUUUUGCCCGAAAGCAAAACCUGGAGAACGGAAGUUUAUAAAGGUUACAACGAAAGCACCACUAGAAUGCAUGUGCAGGCCUUGUACGGGAGUUGAAGAAAGUGCAGUUAUUCCUCAAGAGAUAGCGGGAUAUUCGGACGAUGAAACACCUUUGUCUGGACAUUUUCUGAAGUCACAUCAACUAUAA